GCCUGCGCAGUUGGAAGACUCGCAAAUGUUGCUAGAAACUAGAAAGGUUCACGUUCAAUCCAAAGGUUAACUGUUCGUGGUGUUAACUAUGUGAAGCUGAACCAGAUGAGUGUCGUAAGCACGGUUUAUGGGGCACCUAAUCAAUGGGUGCCCGCUAAGGAUUACCCACAAGUCUCUUCCUCUUCUUCUUCUUCCUUUAUGAGACGGGAAUCGACCGUCCGGACCCGUUGGAAAAGGAAAGUCGGAAGACAUUGUGUCCGUCUUAAUGGUCUUAGGGUCAGGGCAGGCUCACCUGCACCCAAAACGACUCUUCUAAAAAGUGAGGGUCUUCAAGAGUACAUAUUGGAGACGAAUGCCUUUCCUCGUGAGAGCAAGUUUUUGAAGAGGUUAAGGGAAGCUUCAAUGGUGCACCCAAGUUCUGCACAUGGUGUACCAUCGGAUGAAGGGCAGCUGUUGACUCUUCUUUUAAAGCUCAUGAAGGCAAAGAAGACAAUGGAGAUUGGAGUGUUCACUGGUUACUCACUUCUUGUUACUGCUCUUGCAUUACCAGAGGAUGGCAAGGUUAUUGCAAUUGACACAGAUAGGGAAGCUUAUGAGAUAGGGUUGCCAUUCAUUAAAGAAGCUGGAGUAGAUCACAAAAUCAACUUUUUUCAGGCUGAAGCACUGCCUGUGCUUGAUAAAAUGCUUGAAGAGGACAGGGAGGUGGGCUCUUUCGAUUUUGUAUUUGUUGAUGCAGAUAAAGAGAACUACAUCAAUUACCAUGAGCGUGUGAUAAAGUUGGUGAAGGUUGGUGGCUUGAUUGCUUAUGAUAACACUCUUUGGUAUGGUAGUGUAGCUGAAUCAGGAAAGAAUUACAAGGACAUGCCAGAUUUCUUUCCUCGUGUGCGUGAGUGUAUCAUCACAUUCAACAAAUCAUUAGCCUCAGAUGACCGAGUGGAGAUCUCACAACUCUGCAUUGGAGACGGGCUCACUCUUUGCUUGAGACUUUCUUGAUAUCUCCUGGAAGGUGACUGGAAGCUAUUUAUGGCCUUUAAAAUUAUGUAUUUGCCAACAAUUGCCUACUGCCAAGUGCGCAGGGGUUGAACCAUUAUAUAAGGAGGUUACGCUUGCAGAAUUCUUGGGACCUUUCCAAUUGCAAGUUCAAAAGUAUCCUCCGUCUUUGGUAGGUCUACGUUAAUCUUGGGUUAUCUGCUUUGCUUCCAAAGGAUUCCAUUGAACUAAAAAUAGUUUCUGAACAUGCUUAAGUUUGGCUAUAGCAGGAGAUUUGCUCUUCAAAGUUUAGUUGGAUCUGUUUGUGGUAGUAUCUUUUGCCCCUUGUUUAUCACUUCCUUCUUCAGCUGUAUUUUUUUAUCAAACUCUUUUAUGAAGGCUCUCUCUCUCUCUC